AUGGCGUCUGCUACUGGCAUCCUCUUUGAGGACUUGGAACCGCCAAACCCCUACCUGAAAAAAUCUUGGAUUUCUCUCCCUGUUGGAGUAGAACGACCCGGAUUUCCUUCAUACCUGCCCCCAUCACCUACACCACAAAGACAAGCAUUGCUACCUUCAUCAUCAACCUCUGUUGUGGUCCAUGUUAUUCAGGACAUAGCCAGGACAACUAUCACCCAAAUCUUCAAUAAUGAUAGCCCGGUUAACAUCCAAGAGGGAAAAUAUCAGUUCCCCGUCCCUUAUGGAUCGAGCGUCGUGGAUUUCAGGUGCAGGAUUGGCGACGAUCGGGUAAUCGAGGGCCAGGUUAAACCCAGAGAGAUCGCUCAAGCCGAGUUUGAACACGCUCGUGAAUAUGGUCGCACCGCAGGCCUUGUCGAGCAGGACACUCCUGAGAUAUUCACCACCAAAAUCGGCAAUAUCCCUGCAAACACUACAAUAGAAGCAGAGCUUUCACUCAUCUUCUUUUUAAAAUACAACUUACCACAGAGCUCAUCCACGAUUACCCUUACAAUCCCCACAUAUAUUGCCCCUCGAUAUGGUCAGCCUGAUUGCGAAGUCAAUCAACAUGCUCCAGCACCUGGAAAAUUAUACAUUGCCGUGGAAAUCCUUAAUGCAGACGAAAUUAGCCGCAUUGACUGUGACACUCAUAAAGUGGUUGUUGAAAAGGGUGCUAAACAACAGAUUUUCCAGCACUGGGCAGACUUCGUUGCCGGUAGUCCAGCUGUUCAAAAAUCAUCCACGGCUAGUGUUAAAUUACUACGUGGCUAUACUUGUCUCGACAGGGACUUCGUCCUGCGCAUUUCCACUAUCGCGUCAGCUAAACCUCGUGCUAGCCUCGAGACCCAUCCGUCAAUCGAAGGGCACUCGGCCAUUAUGAUAGAGAUCCCUCCAGAUUUUAUGCUUGAAAGCCAGGAGCCUGUGGACGACAAGGAGAUUAUUUUUCUAGUCGACCGGUCUGGAUCUAUGGCGGGUAAAAUUCAUGGCCUCAUUUCGUCGAUGCAGUUUUAUUUACGAAGCCUCCCCAUGUCCACACUAUUCAACAUUUGUUCUUUUGGUUCAAGCUAUCAGUUGUUGUGGGAACAAUCCAGAGCGUACUCUGAGAUAACGUUAAAUGAGGCUCUGUAUUAUGUCUCUAGCUUUUCAAGUAACUUAGGAGGCACUGAUCUUCUUCCUGCUCUGGAACAUGUUGUUUUGCAACAAAACCAUUCUUCCAAGGAUAUAAUUGUCCUGACUGAUGGAGAAGUUUGGAGAUUGGAGGAAACGAUCCGUUUUGUCCGACUUACGCACAUAGUGUCAAAGAAGGCUAUCAGAUUUUUUGCACUCGGUAUUGGAAACGCCGUUUCUCACGAGCUUGUUGAAGGCAUUGCAAACUCUGGCGGCGGAUAUGCUGAAAUUAUUCCUGCUACUAGUAGUGGUAACUGGGAGGAUCGUCUAGUGGCUGUCCUGAGAGCUGCAUUAUCCGGGCAUGUGACUUCUCUGAGUAUCGAUAUCGAAGGCUUGGAUACGCAGUACGAGCGAAAUAAUACUCCCAUAUCGCGACCCACAUUUCAGAUGUCACCUGGAAAUACUUUGACCUUGAGCCCGUUUGGGAGAAGUCGCAUCUUCAUUUUGGCUGAGAGUGGCCAACUAAACCCUAAUUCAGUAAUCAAUAUCAAAACUACACGCAAUGGCAGAGCGUUUAGUACUGUUGUGCCAAUUACGGUCCUCCAAAUUAGAGAUUCCCUUUUACACAAGUUUGCUGCAAGAGCCCUCCUCCAUGACCUUGAACGUGAAGAUAGCUGGAUCCAGCAAGACAGCCGCAUCCGAGAUAGCUUGUCUAGGGCAGUUUGGACAAAGAAGGAAGGGGAAAGGUUAGGCUCUCAGUGGUCAUUGGUAUCCAAAUGGACGAGCUUUGUUGCCGUGGAGGCCAACUCAGACCAGGCUCUGUUAGGAAUGAUAGUCGUUCCUCAUUAUAAACAACUUGACGGAGACAAAUUUGGCCUUCUCCGCCCAAGAGGUGGACCUACUGUUAAAGCUCACCCUACCGAGCCUCUUCAGGCGGCUAUUUCUAAGAGUUAUAUCUCCCCUAACUCCUCGAGCCCAGCGAUUAAAGAAAAAAAGUCCAAGAGGAUUUCCCGUAGAUAUAGAUUUCCUGAUGAAGAUAUCUCUCUUGAAGCUGCGCCCAGAUCCUUGCGUUCCGAACCCGAUUCUAUGCUUGGCAAUGCGGCCGAAAAAAGUUCUCGAUCUCGAAAAACCGAUGACUCGGUCCGCAGACAUCAGGAUGAAGCCGUGCCUCACCAUUAUUUACGUGCCACUCUCGUCGUGCCCAUCAAGCAAAGCUCUCCUGAGUUCCAUAAACUGGAGCCUCGCAUCCCACAGUUAGAACUGCAGGAACUCCCGAUGAUGGUUCCUUGUUGCGAUCAAAAUUACGAAGAUCAGGAUUACGAAGAUCAAGAACAGAAUACAAUUGAUAUGGACAGUACCCCUAAUCCCCCAGCACAUCCGCUUCCCACAACAAAUUCUGCUAUGUUUGUGCGCCGUAUUGUGUCCUUCCAGAGAGCGGAUGGGCGCUUUGAUUUCCAUAACCUCGACACUGUUGAAAGGAAUAUUGGAUCUGAAGUCUUUGUUAUCAUAGAAGCUUUGAUGGCGGCAGAAUAUGCCUUGGACGUUGCCGUGACAAUUGUUAUUGUGGCAUUAUUAGAGGAAAGAUUUCACGCCAAUAGAGGCCUGUGGCUCCUCAUUGUUCAGAAAGCUAGGGAGUACAUAGGCAUUCCUGAAAACGUUGAGCAUCCAGGCAUGUUGGUCGCGAAGAAUAGUGUGAAUAAUAUCCAGGAGAUCCCUUUGGAGGAGGAGACUGAAGGAGAAAAAAGUUGGAUCUGGGUUAUAGAUCCGGAUUAUGAACCAAGCAAUGAGGCUUUGGGCGAAGCUCAAGAGGAAUCGGAAGAAACUUACAUAGAUGAGACUACUAUCUUGGAUUACUCUUGGUUGUAA